UAAAUAUAAAUAUAAUUGAAAGGUCAAAGGACAGGAAAACAUGGACGAUGAACUGAGCGAAAUCCGCAAGUAGUGAAAAUUUAAUAAAUAUCCUGCCCGGGCUUCCUGGUUAAUCAGCCAAGAUGAGCUUUGCUGAUUACAGCCAAAAGGCAGAGGAUCACCAGUGUAUGCUGGUUCUUGUAAAGCAAGUUGGUCCACAUAAAAGCAACCUCUUCCAUAAGAUCAUUGACCGUAUCUGCCUGGUAAAUCACACAGUGGUUCCCGAAUCGAAGCGACAUGUUUGGCUCCGUUUUAAACGUGUUGUGCGGCUUGAGAACAAUGCUUGGGGUGACUUCCAAGCUCAUCGACGCGUCACUGGGCUGAUAUGUGUUGGAAAAGCGACCACCGAAAUUGAAUUAGCCAGCAUCUAUGCUAAUUUUGAUACGAUGAAGGAUGGUUAUAAGUCGACUUUGUUUGAUUCUCGUUGUUUUAUAUUUGGAAUGACUGCGGAAACUGCUGCAGAAUCUGUGUCAGGUGAACGGCCGGGUGUGGUGUACUUCCCAAGCUUUGAGGACUCGCAGCAACUUGAAGACUGUGUAAAGGACUUUGCUUGCUCGUUGUUCUGGAUAUUGGAGUCCAAAAGACUUGAGAGGCUUAAUGAUAGGAAUGAUAAACUUCCAUUGUUAAUUGCACCGUUUGAGCGCAAGGAUAUGGUUGGAAUUGACACUGAAACUAGGUCAUUCAGGAGGAGGGUAGUUGGUCGUAUGCGCAAACAUUUAGCAGACCUUAGUCUGAUGGCUGGUCUUGUCCAAGAAGCAUUCAACCACUACCAGGUGGCAUUUGAAAUUUUAAAGAAUGCGAAUGAUUGGCUCUGGAUGGCAGCAACAAUUGAAGGGAUGUGUGCUGCCUCAGUUAUAAUGUUGUAUCCUUCAAGCCUAAGGAAGGUAAACCUACCACGAAACUCAUCCUUCACUGGCGGCAUGACGAUGAAACAUGAACAUGUGAAGAUACACCACAAAGCUUCUACACUUCCAUCAAAUGGUCUAAAAGAUGACGGAUCUGAUGAUAAGCAAAAGCUCUGUUUCCCUGCUGAUGAUAUUGUAGAUAAAUAUAAAGAGGCCAUCAUGCACUAUAGUAAAUAUAAGCAUGCAGGCAUUGUUGAGAUGGAGGCCAGUAUCAAAGCCACUCAGGUGAUCAUUAUGCAACAGAACAAAUCCGGUAUAGGUAAUGACAAGAAGAAACUUGAAGCUGCUGAAUUUCUACAGAACGUUGUCUACAUCAACUUAAAUUUAUCGGAUAGUGAGAAGGUGGAACGCUACAACGCCCUCUCGCAUUUGUUUUCUGAGAUAGGCUUCACACGCAAGGCAUCAUUUUUCAAGCGUGUGGCUGCUAUGCAGUGCGUUUCACCAAACAAUACAUCUCCAGCCUGGGGACAUUGCCACACAAUGCUAUUAGACACAAUGAAAGGGUAUCGGAUAACACUUGAUCCCCGAGAGUUCACGGGCAAGAAGGCAAAUGGUUGGCCUGACCUUCAACAGCGCAUAAUGCAGGAAUUAGCGUUUACAGCUCGCAAAAUGGGAAAGGCUGAAAUAGCUAUAAGGUACAUGUGUUUUAUUCUUCAUUGUCUGGGUGAUCAUCUGUCCACGGUAGACAAGCGAGAUUUAGCUGGGAUGUUAGAGAGCUACACAUCAAAAGUACCAAGCACAUCGGAUGGCAUUUCACUCGACAACGGUCUCCUAAUUCCUCCUGUACCUUUCACAAAAUUUCCAGCUCUUAGGUCAUUCAAAUUAAUUCGUUUGUCACUGCACUUAGAUCCUGUCCAUAUCCUAGUAGAAAGUCCCAGCUGUAAGUCUCCAGUAUUUAAGAGCCCCUUUAUCUACUCGCCUCUUCAGUCGUUGAACAGGAAUAAGAAGCUACCACCAACCAAAGUUCCUUUCAAGUGGGUUGCUGAUGAGAUAUGUGAGGUCGAAUUAAAGUUCUAUAACCCUUUGCCUUUUGAACUCCGUGUUGCCAACUUGGGCUUCCUAACAGAAGGGGUUGAUUUUGACCCUACACCAGCAGCUAUUGUCCUACCAGCUGAAUCAGGACCACAUCUUGUGUCUAUAAUGGGAACACCAAAGGAGAUGGGCACAUUGAAAAUAACUGGAUACACUACUACUGUAAUGGGUAUAAAAAGUAACUGUAGGCUACCGAUGAUACCUAGUAUAAAGGAGCCAUAUUAUCAGGUUGAUAUAGUUCCGUCACUUCCAAGGUUAAAGGUCACAACCUCAUUACCAAAGGCAGCGAGUACACUAAGUCUAAAACCAGAAUCAAGAAAAGUGUCUGUUGCCUCCUCAAUCAACUUGUUGGAAGGAGAAAGUUAUGGAUGUCAAGUAGUUCUAAGCAACACAGGGAAAGUUCCUGUAGAGACUGUGUCCCUAGAAUUAACCAAUUCAGAAUUCGUUCCUAAGGAUUGUUUUACUUGGAGUGAGGAGAAUAUAGAGACACAACUGCCUUUGGCUCCAGGAGCCAAGUUACUAUUCACAGUUUACAUCAAAGCCAUUGGAGAUUUCCUUUUGAAAAGUGCAAUACAAAAUGAUGAAAUGCCAGAGACGCCGACUGUAAGUAGUUAUUUUAAUAGUCCAGCUCGUAAUCAACCGAAUCGCUCAGUAUCCACUGCGUUCCUUGAAGCCAGUAAGCCAUCUAGAAUACAAGACAAAGUGGAUAGUAUAGUCAAGACAAUUGAAGGAUUGUUGAAGCUGACAUAUUCUGGUGGUGACGGUUUAAAAGAAUGUUAUUAUCGCGAAACAAACCUACUAAUUAAGGUGCAUAAGAAACCCUCGUUGAUGAUCACAAAUUGGACAACAAUACCAGCAACAAGUCCAAGACAGUUUUACUUGGUGUUAGAUUUCUUAAAUGGAACAUGCAAUGAAGUACAUGUGCAAUAUGGUAGUGAUCAAAGUAUGAUCUUAUCACAUAAGCAGAGCAAAAGGAUAGCAAUUUUGGUAGACAGAUUUACGAUUACAAGGCCUAAGCCACCAUCUCCAGUCACCCCGAAGCCAGGGUGUGUAGCCACACCUCUGGAAGAGGUGAAGCUUGACAGGCUGUAUGCCCAGCAGCUUGCUAUGCUUAUCAACAUUUCAUGGUCUAUAGCUUCUGAGAAAAAAUCUGGAAAUGUCUCUGUGGAGCACAUAUCUCUGUCAGAUGCAAUGAUAGAUAACAUCCGGCUAUGUCCCAUCCAUUGGGACGUCACCAUCAAUGGCGUACCACAUGAUCACCAGGGAGAUCCAAUCAAAUGCAGCGAUGGAGAGGUGAUUGAGUUACGGGUUAAUCUGACUAACAACAUGGACGAGGUACUAGAUGACUUGAGUAUCUUGGUGGAACCCUUUCAAGACCAACAGAAUGGUGUGCGGCUAGCACAUUAUGACCAGCAUGUAGCAUGUAUAGGCUGCAGCAAGAUUAUUGAUGAAUCGCUUGGUGUAGGAAUGACGCUGACGCAUAUUUGCCAGUAUACCUUCUUCCAGCCUGGUCUCUUCAAGUUCAGCAUUCAGUGCAAAGAGAAGCGUCCACGGUUCAGUUUUAAAGACCCCAAUGAAACACCUUUGCGGGAUUGCCACUCAAAUGGGCUGAAACUUAUAAUGCCAGGCAGUUCCCAGCCCAGUCCUGCCACUAAGCCUUCAAAAGUACAAACAAAUCUAACAGUGUGGAAAUAUCGACCCCCAGUUGAAAUCCUAGUUAUAGGUGAAGGCUGAAUUUAGGUAGGCCUAGGCAUGAUGAGUCACAAAAGGGGGUAUUGCCCGGAGGAACGGCACUGUUCAUGCUUAGUUUACUACGAUGGUCACAGGAAGGAGUUUUAACUUGAAGGAAUAUUCAUUGCCAUUAUUUCCGUUGACAUACACUCCACAAAUUUCCUAUUUCCAAGAAUAAACUACUUUAAAAAUUUGUCAGUAUUAACCAAGAAUUACUGAGAAUCUGUGAAGCUCAACUCUAAAUAAUGUGUGUGUAUAAAUGUGCUGUUUAAAAUAUACAUAUAUUUUUAAAAAUUUUUUCUUUUAUUUAUUUAUUUUUAAAUUUUUAAUUGUGCUGGUCACAGGCUGAAACCCAGAGGCGCUUUCAUUCUUUAAAGCAAACAAGUAAAACAGUUUAACCUUAAAAGGUUGAACAUUUGAUAAUUUAAAUCUUGAAGCAUUGAAGUAUUCAUAUGUUUGUGUGAAACCAUUGAAAGCAAAUGAUUAAGAACUGUUUGAUUUUAAAUAGUAUUACAAUGUAUGGAUUACUGUGACAUGGCGAUACUGCGACAACGGGAGUCCAUUGAGGGUGAACAAGUAGAGGUAUUUUGGAUUUCAAGAUACCUUUAUUGUCAAUAGACGUCUGCCACAAUUGGAUGUUGUUCCUGCAGCCAGGCAUUCACUGCGCCGAAUGGUCGCCGGACGACGUGAUACUACGUGUACGCAAAGGAUUGUUUUUAAUGCUGAUGUGUUCAGAUUGCCACCGACAAACAGCAGGCAGCGUUGCGUCGUCUAGUGCUCAUAGGGAUCAGAGUAAGAUUCUUUGUGCGACGGUCCUACAAUGCAUUGAGCUUCUGGCUUAAGGGGUGGAUCUCAAGCAGUGUCAUCAUUGAUAUUCUGUUUUUGAAGCAGGUCCUUAUAUGAGUUAGUCUGCAGAAUAUUGCAUGUUUGUGGAACAUGUGCAUAUACCUUGGUAACAACUGACCCAUCAAAUUCUGAUGGGUCAGUUAAGUUUUAUUGACAUUCUGGAAAGGAAACAUAUGAAAAGAUAAAAACAACUUCCACCUCAAGAUAAGAACAGGCCUCCACUAGCCAACUCUGAAAAAGGAGCAAUAGGCAGUACCAUUCACAGAACAACCCACAUUUAAUUGUUUACAGUCAAAGAUUCAACAUUGACUAGAUAAAUUACAAGCAACAUAAGUUAUUAGAUUAAAGUUAGAUGCAACUCAAAACAAUUAAUUAGAAUAAAUUGCAUAUUUCUUUAUCAUUAAAGAAGUUACUUUGGUGCUGAGCAUGGUGUUAUCAAUUUUUUUUAAGGAAAAAAAAUUGUACUGUAUUAUAUUUAAGUCAUGUUUACCAAAUGGUUUCUACAGUGUAAAGAGAUUUUAAAAAUUGGUACAGUUCAGUAUUCAUUAGGAAAGUGUUCGAAGUUGCAUUUGACACCAAUUACAACUCAGGGUUCUUUAAAGGAGAUAUUUGGGUUAUUUUUUAAUUGUCAUCCAAUUUUAGUUUAGUAAAAAUCAUAUAAAGAUUAGUUUUUCUUUCCACAAAUCCAGCUCGUAUCAGUUACAGUUAUUUAAUAAGCAGCCAGUUACACAUUACGGGGAAGUAUGCCAACAUACAUGUCCAAUAUAUUUAUUUAUAUUAUGUGGACUAUUGUAAAUCACUAACUAAAUUUUGGGAAUGGGCUUUUAAACAUAUAUAGUAUUAUAUGACUUUUUAAUAAAUACUUUAGAAAUAUGUCUUUGAUUUGCAGUUGGAGCCAUCCUCUCAAAGAUUGUCGAAUAAAGAAAUGAAUAAUAAAUUACAAUUUUCCUAUUCGAGUUAAGGCAAUAUGAUAGUGAUUUUACAAUUACGAUAGUAUAACCCUAAUGAUUAUACCAGUUUUGAAGUCUAGCCGUUAUCUAAAUGCAUGGCAAUAUACAGCAGAGAUUUAUAGCCCCAUGAUUGAUUACGUCUACAUACUAAUAAAGUACUUCUUACACAGCCAUGACUAGACAGGCUCUACUAACCAAUAUAGCUUCUCAACUUAUCAAGCGUGUCCUCUUUUUCGCUGAUAUCCAGGUCGGAAUGUUCUCGUCCCUCGUGGGUACUGUCACUUUAAAUGAAAAUAGAUGAGAACUUACCAAAAUACGGGACUUAGAAAUGGAUUCGUAAGCAUAUAUUGGAGUGAACUCAUCGUGAUACUUAAUUUCAUGUAUGUUGAUGUGUUCUCUAGUUUUCUUGACUUCAGUAUCUGUAUUUAACCGUAACAAAUGUUGUGCCGCAAUACACAAAUGAGUAUCCAGACGCGAUUGAAACACUCCCUUUGUUUUUGACUAAAAUAAUUGUAUUGACCAUAGUAAUUAAUGCCAUGAACACUGUAUUGUCAGUUUCCCUGAAUUAAUAACUAAAUAAAUAAAUAUAAAAAAAUAUUGCCAAAUUGAGAAACUCUGAUUGUACCCGCCCGUUUUCAAAAUUCUCAAUUCGUAUUGUCGAAUUUUUGCGUAUGGUCUUUUAGUAAACCACUGUCGUAAGAAAAAUAUAAUUCAUAGUUGGUAUAUAUACUAACUUGCCAUCAUACCUCAGUUGAUAAAACAACUAAACGUCUAGUUGGUUGUACAGUUUUAGAUUCGAAUAUUGACGGAGAUUUUUUCCAGACCUUAAUAUAACAUUUACACUGUUUAUUAAAUUGGUGUUUUUUCUUCCCUAAAACUAUAACUUGAACACGACUAAGACAGGCAUAUAAUGUAGUAUAUAGAAGGUAGUUGAUAAAGAAGAUACAUGUAUUUGCAAAGUAUUGUCAUACAGUAAUGCGCUGUUGGUUACACAGUAUGUAAAUGCGAAAAUUAAUGUUAAUAACAUAACAUAUAUAUUAUAUAAUAUUAUAUUUGUAUCUUAUAAAAUAAUAUGCAUUAUUUCCAGAUUGAUUUGUAAAGAUAUUAAAUUUUAUUUAACUUAUAUUGUAAUCCAUCAGCACACAUAGACUUACAUCUAUAGUAUUUUAACUUGAUUUAUAUUGCCGAUGUUAUUUAAUGAACUAUAACUUCGUGUGAAGUUUUUAAUCCAUUAACAACCAACCUUAAGUUUUGUCUGAUCAAGAUAAUUUGGUUGAUUGGGACGUAACACGUAUAUAUAUUGUUGAUAAUAUAUAUAACUAAUGUUGAUAAUGAUAUACAGUAAUCUAAAGAAACCAAAUACAAUUGCUUUAACUUUUAAAUUAACCAUAAACCUCUUUAUUAAAACUAUACAAUAACUUAUUUCGAUAACGUUUUCGUUAAUAUUGUUUAAAAUUAUGGGUUAUUAGGACUGUUUUUUAUAUCGAAAUUUAUUAUUUUUAUGUAACAAAAUGCCUAUUCAUAAGAAUAUUUGCAUAUAUUAUGAAUAUGCAUUCUGAAAAACCGAGUAUUUACUGUACUGUUUUAUUUUAAUAGUGUAAUCUGAAAAUACACAUUAAUCAAUGUGAAUAUGCAUGUGAACUGAAUUUUAAUGUACAAUUUGAACGAUUUGCUUAAUUUAAAGCAAAAUAUAAAUCAUAUGAUAAUGAUAAUAGUGCCUAUUAAUAGUUAUGAUUAUAUUAUAAUAGGAAUCAUAUGAUAAUAUUAAUAGUUAUGAUUAUAUUAUACUGUACUAUAUAAGUAAAGCUGAAGAUUAUUUUUCUUUAUGUAUAUUGUUAAAUUCAUUUGGAUAAAUAACCGUCUUUUGCCAAUAUCAAUGUUAAUUACUAUUGAUAUUCAGUGGUGCUUAUUACGCAUGUGUAAGUGACACGGAAUACAUUGGGUGUACUUUUUGUUCGUUAAACGAUCAAUUGAUAUGUAAAUAAAGACUCAUUAUUGUGAUCAAACUUGUCAACUCAA